AUGGCCGAUGUCAAAGCAAAAGCGGAGGCCCUUGUGCCCAAAUUCAAACUCGAUCGCGUCCUCAACCAAGAUCAAGCAGGACGUCGCAUCUCCCUCUACGGUUCUAUCGACGACCAACCAGCUCUACUGAUCCUGGAACGGGCUCCCUUCCCAACCUCACAGACCUACCUCACCGAUGUUCCCGCUCAGCUCGCGCGGAUUCAGAACCUGGGCGCAAACGAUAUCUAUCACUGGUUCAUGAGCCGUAGCGGCACUGAGACGACCAAACCUGACGACGCCGACUUCUUCGCUGAUCUCAAAAUCAACCUGAUUUACCCAUGUACCGAAACGCACGUCAAAAAGUACAGCAAGCAGGGUGUUCGGUUCGUGACGGAGACACCAGAUAUUUACAAAGAUCACAUUCGACCGUAUAUGCUCAGCAAGAGGGAGGAAGGACGACUCAAUUGGGUAUUUAACAUUAUUGAAGGACGCAAGGAGGUAGAAGAUGUUAUCUACAGAACGAAGCUUGGUGAGGCCGGCGAUGAGGGUUUCCUCAUGCUGCCAGACCUCAACUGGGAUCGCAAGACGCUCGAUGCGCUGCACCUACUAGCGCUGGUCGAACGACGGGAUAUCUGGUCGCUGAGAGACCUUCGCAAGAAGCACAUCCCCUGGCUACAGCACAUGAAGACCCAUCUUAUCGAUGCCACUGUCAAGACAAACGCUGGGCGCAAUGGCGGGAGACGACGAGGCGGGUAUGGAUGGCAUUACUAUGAGCUAUACGCUAGGAGAGGCAAGUGA